AUGGCUGGCACGUUCGCCCGCGUCCUGUGCGCUCGCCGAUCCGCCGGCCUCCUGGCCGUGGUGGGAGCCGGGUCUCUGGCCACUGGAUUCCUGCUCACCCGGGACGCGGUCAGCGCUGGCGAGAGGCAGCGGCGCCGCUACCCGCCAAGCGCCGAAUAUCCAGAUCUCCGGAAACACAAUAACUGCAUGGCAAGUAACCUGACCCCAGCCAUCUACGCCCACCUCUGCGAUAAAACCACCCCCAACAGCUGGACCCUGGACCAGUGCAUCCAGACAGGGGUGGACAACCCUGGGCACUCCUUCAUUAAGACUGUGGGCAUGGUAGCAGGUGACGAAGAAUCCUACGAGGUGUUCGCGGACCUGUUUGACCCUGUGAUUCAGGAGAGACACAAUGGUUACAACCCACGGACCAUGAAACACCCCACGGACCUGGAUGCCAGUAAGAUUAAAUCCGGCUACUUCGACGAGCGCUACGUGCUCUCAUCACGUGUCCGGACAGGGCGCAGUAUCCGCGGGCUCAGCCUGCCCCCUGCCUGCACCCGCGCUGAGAGGAGAGAGGUGGAGAAGGUGACCGUGGAUGCCCUGAGCGGCCUGACAGGAGACCUGGCUGGCCGGUACUAUCGCCUCAGCGAGAUGACGGAGAAGGAGCAGCAGCAGCUCAUUGAUGAUCACUUCCUCUUUGACAAGCCCGUCUCCCCCUUACUGACGGCAUCAGGAAUGGCCCGGGACUGGCCUGACGCCCGAGGAAUCUGGCACAAUAAUGAAAAAACCUUCCUGAUCUGGAUCAAUGAGGAGGAUCACACCCGCCUCAUCUCCAUGGAGAAGGGUGGCAACAUGAAGCGGGUCUUUGAGAGGUUCUGCAAGGGCCUGAAGGAGGUGGAGAGACUAAUCCAGAAGCGAGGCUGGGAGUUCAUGUGGAAUGAGAGGCUGGGCUACAUCCUGACGUGUCCGUCCAACCUGGGCACCGGGCUGCGCGCAGGGGUCCACAUCAAACUGCCGCUGCUGAGCAAGGACACCCGAUUUGCCAAGAUCCUGGAGAACUUGCGGCUGCAGAAGCGCGGGACAGGCGGGGUGGACACAGCCACCACCGGCAGCACUUUUGACAUCUCCAAUCUGGAUCGUUUGGGAAAAUCUGAGGUGGAGCUGGUGCAGCUGGUGAUAGAUGGAGUGAACUACCUGAUCGACUGUGAGCGGCGGCUGGAGAGGGGCCAGGAUAUCCGCAUCCCCUCGCCUGUGCCUCAGUUCCGGCACUAAACAUGGGCCCUGCUUGGACAGGCCCCAGCCCCAGAGCCCCCCAACCCCUCCCUGUAGCCUGACCAGUCCAACUGGCUGUUGUGUUACCCACAAUGCACUGUACCAGCUUCCAUAAA